GGCCGCGCGUCACGCACGGCGCCGGCGCAGAGCAAGGAAGGGCGGUAACGCCGUGAAGCCAAAGCGCCCGGUCGAGCCCGGAGGCAAACUUCAGCAGAGGAGCUGCUGCUUUGGAGCUGGCGAUGGCGCCCCCGGCGGCCUAAGGGUCCUGCGCCCGCCGCGAGCCGCAGGCAGACCUCCCUUCGUGUCGGACCGAGGAUCCUGGUUACAGGGAACAUGUUGGUGCUGUUGGCCAGGCUGUCCUGCCCUGGUUUUUGUGUGGACAUUUUCAACUCAUUUGGGUAAAUACCAUGGAGUGCAAUUGCUGGAUCGUAUGUUAAGGCAUAUCAGUGUUUUCAUGCUUUAAAAAUUAAGAAAAACUAUCUACCUCUGUGUGCCUCGAGAUGGUCUUCAACUUCUGUUGUGCCUCGAAUUACUACCCACUAUACUAUUUAUCCCCGGGAUAAGGACAAGAGAUGGGAAGGAGUGAACAUGGAGAGGUUUGUAGAGGAAGCGGAUGUGGUGAUUGUUGGUGCAGGCCCUGCAGGACUCUCUGCAGCCGUUCGCCUAAAGCAGUUGGCUGCCAGACAUGAGAAGGACAUCCGUGUCUGUCUAGUGGAGAAAGCUGCUCAAAUAGGAGCUCAUACUCUCUCGGGGGCUUGCCUUGAUCCACAUGCUUUUGAAGAAUUGUUCCCAGACUGGAAGGAGAAGGGAGCUCCACUUAACACUCCUGUAACAGAAGAUAGGUUUGGAAUCUUAACAGCAAAAUACAGAAUUCCUGUGCCAAUUCUUCCAGGUCUCCCAAUGAAUAAUCAUGGCAAUUACAUUGUACGCUUGGGGCAUUUAGUGAACUGGAUGGGGGAACAAGCAGAAGCUCUCGGCGUUGAAGUUUACCCUGGUUGCGCUGCUGCUGAGGUACUUUUUCAUGAAGAUGGUAGUGUGAAAGGAGUUGCCACUAAUGAUGUAGGGAUACAAAAGGAUGGUGCCCCAAAGACAACAUUUGAGAGAGGACUAGAACUGCAUGCCAAAGUUACAAUAUUUGCAGAGGGUUGCCAUGGACAUCUAGCCAAGCAACUGUAUAAGAAGUUUGAUUUGAGGGCCAAUUGUGAUCCCCAGACCUAUGGAAUUGGACUGAAGGAGUUAUGGAUCAUUGAUGAAAAGAAGUGGAAACCUGGGAGAGUGGAGCACACAGUUGGUUGGCCCUUGGAUAGACAUACUUACGGAGGCUCCUUCCUCUAUCAUUUAAAUGAAGGCGAACCCCUGGUAGCUCUCGGUCUUGUGGUUGGUCUAGACUAUCAAAAUCCAUUCCUGAGUCCAUUUAGAGAGUUCCAGAGGUGGAAACACCACCCCAGCAUUCAGCCAACAUUGGAGGGUGGAAAAAGGAUCGCAUAUGGAGCCAGAGCUCUCAACGAAGGUGGCUUUCAGUCUAUACCAAAACUCACAUUUCCUGGUGGCUUACUAAUUGGUUGUAGCCCUGGCUUCAUGAAUGUUCCCAAGAUCAAAGGUACCCACACAGCAAUGAAAAGUGGAAUGCUGGCAGCUGAAUCUAUUUUUAACCAAUUAAGUAGUGAAAAUCUCCAAUCAAAUACAUUGGGACUCUAUGUAACUGAGUAUGAGGAGAAUUUGAAGAAAUCAUGGGUGUGGAAAGAGCUGUAUUAUGUGAGAAAUAUAAGACCAUCCUGUCAUGGAAUACUGGGUGUAUACGGAGGGAUGAUUUAUACAGGAAUAUUUUACUGGAUAUUUAGAGGAAUGGAGCCAUGGACUCUAAAACAUAAAGGCUUUGACUCUGAUCAGCUCAAGCCAGCCAAGGAUUGCACACCUAUUGAGUAUCCAAAACCUGAUGGGCAGAUCAGCUUUGACCUUCUGUCAUCUGUGGCUCUGAGUGGUACUAAUCACGAACAUGACCAACCGGCACACUUAACCUUAGAGGAUGACAGUAUACCUGUUAACAGAAAUCUGUCAAUAUAUGAUGGGCCUGAGCAGCGAUUCUGCCCUGCAGGAGUUUAUGAGUUUGUACCUUUGGAACAAGGUGAUGGAUUUCGGUUACAGAUAAAUGCUCAGAACUGUGUGCAUUGUAAAACAUGUGAUAUUAAAGAUCCAAGUCAGAAUAUUAACUGGGUGGUACCUGAAGGUGGUGGAGGACCUGCUUACAAUGGAAUGUAAACUGCAACUGAUAACAUUUGCAGGCACAUUUUACAGGCAGUUUAAAGUUACAAGCUAACUUUUAAAUAUUUAGAAGUUAACAAGUGUCAAAAUGCCUUAAAGCAUAUUACUGAUCUGAAUGUUCAUAAAAUAAUUAUCAGUGAAAUAAAAAUUUUAUACUUAUACCUAAAA